UCUCGGUUGGGGUGAGCUCGCAAAAGCUCAUGAUCCCGGGGAUUGCAAACUCCGCGUAGAGAUUGUUGGCGCCCUAGGGAAUGAGAGCGUCCCCUUUUGGGGACUGGGCGUGUUGGCCUACUUGCUCACCUUUCCUGGUUUUGAUCAAAAUCUAAAAGAAUAACAUCCAGUAUGCGGUGCUUUGUUGGCUUAUGUGCUGGAUGUCAUGUAGUCUUUCUUGCGUUUCGCCCCUCUCACUUGGUUAAUGUAAGCAGCAAGACUUUGCCGUUUGGUUUGUUCGGAUGCUUCUGGGGCGAAUUUCACACUUCGGAAUUUUUCGAAACAAGAGCCUUGCCUGAUGUCAGAUGAAGUUUCUCCUAUAAGAGCAGUCGUCUUAAUCGAACAAACACCACACGAAUGGAUCUAGCACUUGCUGUCAGCUUUGCAAUUUCCAUCGCUCUCUGGGGCUUGUGGCUCUUGAAAGCUCGUUCAAAUCUUCCACCAAGUCCAUGGGGAUUGCCCCUGAUUGGCCACUUACACUUGCUAGCGGGAAUGCCCCCGCACAAAGCAUUGCAACGCAUGGCCAACAAGUAUGGUCCUAUUAUUUCCUUGAGGUUGGGAAUGAUCCCAACUGUGGUGAUCUCCAGCCCGGAGCUUGCCAAGGAGGUGUUCACCACACAUGAUCUAAAUUUUGCUUCCAGGCCGUACAUGGUUUUCGGCGAGUAUUUCAGUUAUAGCUCUGUUGGACUUGUAAGUAGUCCCCAUGGAAAGCUAUGGCGAAACACCCGCAAGCUGUGUACAACGGAGCUCUUCACGGCCCAGCGUAUCGACUCUUUCUCUUGGGUCAGAAGGGAGGAGCUCUCGCGUGCCUUGGAGGGGAUUUUGAAGGCUCAUGGCAAUGACAAGCCUGUGGAGGUGAGAAAAGUGGCCAGUGUUUUUGCCUUCAACAUCACAUCACGAAUUGUGAUGAGCAAGAGGUACUUUGGUGACGAAAACGUGGAUGCCGAUGCCAUGGAAUUCAAGGAGCUCAAUGACAAUGUUCUUGAGCUGACCAUCAAUCCCUGUCUUAGCAACUUGGUGCCCUGGUACCUGAGAUGGCUGGACUGGCAGAUCCCUCGGUACAAGCGAAUCCAUGCCAAGCAAGACAAGUUCUUGCAAAAGAUCGUUGACGAGCACAAGGAGACAACACGAAAAUGCAAGGACUUCCUUGAUAUCAUGCUUGACUUCUUUGGAGCAGGGACACAAGGGGAGACUUAUGUGAAGGCAAACCUCAUGGAGAUGUUAAUUGGUGGAACUGAUACCACCAGCACUGCAAGUGAGUGGCUCAUGGCUGUAUUGAUGCACGAUCCUCGAGUCAUGGCCAAGCUCCGCGAGGAGCUCGACAGGGUUGUGCGCAACACUCGGAUGGUGCAAGAGUCGGACCUCCCAAAGCUCGAAUAUCUCCAGCUCGUGCUCAAGGAGACAUUGAGACGCUAUCCUCCGGGUGCCAUAAUUAUGCCGCACAUCUCAAGCCAAGCAUCCAACGUUGGCGGCUUUCACGUUCCAAAAGGGACCACUCUCCUGGUGAAUUCAUGGGCGAUUGGAAUGGAUCCGGCAGUAUGGGAGAAUCCCACACAAUUCCACCCGGAGCGCUUCUUGGGGAGCUCCAUCGACGUCAAAGGCCAAAACUUUGAGCUCCUCCCGUUUGGAUCCGGCCGUAGAAAGUGUCCAGGAAUGGCCAUGGGAUUGCGAGCAGUGGAGCUUCUCGUGGCGAAUCUUAUCCAUGGCUUCGAUUGGAGCUUUGUGCCCGGGACAACGCCGUCCAUGGAAGAUGUUUUUCGCAGUGCUAUUCAGCUCAAGACCCCAUUGCAAGCCAUGGCAAGUCCAAGGUUCCCAAAGGAUGUCUACAUCAAUCAGACAUCACAUCUUUAGUCACCAUGGACUUCGCUACAAAUAAUUCUACUCAAUGCUGGCUAGACUUGCGUCUCUCCCACUCCACAAUGUGAUAUAUAGAUCGGAGAAAUCUUGGUUGUCCCAGCAAUAUAUACAUUGUCAGAUCCAAAUUCCAAGGAGAGUGGAGAACUGCCAUUUGAAGGUCUAGUGUAGCCUCGGUCCUGACAAGACGAUCUUUCCAA